UAAUAUUAGUUAGUUAGUCAGCCGACGGCGUGAGUGAUGGUUCGAUCGUUAGUUAAUUCAUAAAUGAGACCGGCGGCGCGAUAAAACUAAAAAAAAAGUUGCAAUUUGUCUAUCAAUUUUGCUUUAUUUCUGUGUAACAUAAUAGUUUUUGUAGUGAAUACGUGAUAACGGUCUUCGAGGUUAACCAACCGGCAUGGUGUUUCUUUGAAAUGGGUCAUAGUGUAUAUUAAGCUAACAAUUUUAUAACGGAGCGCGGCCAUCGAAAUACGAAUUUCCCGUACAAAAUGGAGGAAGGCAAGAAAGAAAUCAAUUUAGAUUCGAUACUGGAGAGCUUGGGUCCGUACGGGCGCUACAAUUUACUGAAUUUCGUGCUCCUACUGUACCCGGUCCUGCUGAGCAGCUUCUUCGAGUGCGGCUUUAUAUUCGAGGCUCAGGAACAGAAUUACAGAUGCGAAGUAGACGGUUGCGAGUUAAGGUUUAAUGAUACAUCCUGGCUGCAGUACGCUAUCCCGCUGGACGUGGAGAAACAGCGUCCUCAAUCCUGCUUCAUGUACCAGCAAGCAAACGUUACGAGUCAGCAGUGUUUGCCUGAAGACUUCAUCAAUAAAACUGUGCCUUGCGAGAGAUUUGUUUACGAAAACGAUUAUUCUUUUGUCAAAGAGUUCAACCUUGUCUGCCAAGAAUGGAAACGAGCGCUAGUCGGAACCAUCCAUAAUUCUGGAAUGUUUGUGGCCAUGCUGUUCACUGGAGCCAUAUCGGAUAGGUUCGGGAGGAAAGUUGCUGUAGGGUUUUCUUCCUGCGCAAGUUUCAUAUUCGGAUUCGCUCGAUCUUUCUCGCCGAGCUAUCUGUUUUUCGUUGCCAUGCAUUUCCUGGAGGCUGGUUUCGGCGGAGGACUCUACCCUUCAGCUUAUGUUUUCAUUGUGGAACUGGUUGGCCUCAAGCAACGGGUCAUCGUGUCGGCCAUGUGCAACAUGACCUUCGUUAUCGGCGUCGUUCUCAUAGCCCUUCUGGCCUGGGCUGUAAACAACUGGAGGACAUACAUCCUUAUCCUCUACUGCCCCGCCACAAUCGUCUUCGUAUACGUUUGGUUUAUGAACGAAAGCGCGCGCUGGCUUCUCAGCAAAGGACGAAGGGACGAAGCAAUUGACGUACUGAAACGCGCCGCCAAGAUCAACAAUCUAGACCCGAGGAGUCUGGAUCUAGAUGCGCUCGGAGAUCCCCUGCUGAAACCGCAGAACCAAACCGGAGACAAAAAGUCUCAGAUGUACAAGGCCAUCAGAUCUGGUAUAAUAUGGAAACGGGUCGCGAUUUGCUCGUUUCUAUGGAUGACGUGUUCCCUAGUGUACUAUGGUUUUUCCAUUAAUUCGGUUUCAUUAAGUAGCAACAGAUACGUUAGCUUCAUGCUCGUGACGUUAGUGGAGAUACCUGCCUAUAUUGUGGUAGUCAUCGUGCUGGAUAAAUACGGGAGGAAGAAAACUUUAUUGACGACUUAUCUAACUUGUACGGUCAUGAGUUUGCUGUUCGCUUUCUUGCCAAGAUCUGAUUACUGGUCGAUACCCCUGUAUCUAGUUGGGAAGUGGAGCGUCACAUUAGCCUACAGUUCCGUCUAUAUCUACGUGUCGGAAGUCUUCCCUACUAACAUGAGGCAGACUCUGAUAAGCGUCUGCUCUACAGCUGGAAGGAUCGGCUCUCUAAUAGCUCCUUUAACGCCACUACUGUCAUAUUACCACAAAUCGAUGCCAACUGUGAUCUUCGGAGCGAUGUGCUUCAUAUCGAGCACUCUGGUCAUGAUGCUGCCGGAGACCAGGAACAUGAGGCUUCCGGACACGAUCGAGGAGGCCGAACACCUCUCCAGAAUGAAAAGCAAGAACGGUGAUACAACGGACUGACGAUAAACAUCAGUUUUAAACGGUCCUCCACUAAUAAGCGCGUUUUUUUAACGUGCUAAUAAAAAAUAGCAUAGCGAUAAUUAAUUGAAUAUGCAAUUUCGAAAAGGGCACAUCUCUGAAAAUGUAAAAUUUUCUGGAAAUAAAAAAAAACUGAUUAUUUUCUAAAGCAGUGUAAAAUUUAAAAUAUUAACUUUUGAGAUAUAUUUCAGUGUUAAUUAGCAAUUGAAAAUUACUGGAAUUAUUAUACAAUGGGUGUAGGUGAGCCUCAAAACUACAUGUAUAUGAAAAAACAUAUUUGACAAAAUAUGCGACAUGUGCCCUUUUCAAAAUUGCUUAUUCAAUUAUAACGUCCGAAAACUUCCUUUAACUGGUGGUAGGACCUCUUGUGGGUCCGCACGGGUAGGUACCACCGCCCUGCCUGUUUCUGCCGUGAAGCAGUAAUGCGUUUCGGUUAGAAGAGUGGGGCAGCCGUUGUAACUAUACUAUGACCUCAGAACUCAUAUCUCAAGGUGGGUGGCGACAUUUACGUGGUAGAUGUCUAUGGGCUCCAGUAACCACUUAACACCAGGUGGGCCGUGAGCUCGUCCACCCACCUAAACAAUCAUCCCUCGAUAAGUGACAGUAAAAUUAAUCGUUACACUAAAAACACGAUUUAAAUUAACUGUCACAUUGGAUGGUGGUAUACGCGAUGUGACGAUCAUUGGUUUUUUCAACACCCAUAGCAACCGACCAAUGUGAAUAGAUACGUGGUUUCAAACGUAUUACAUAUAUGUAUUUGAAGAUCUACAAAAAAAAAAAAAUGCAGUCGUUUUAAAUUUACCUAAUAAUCAUGUGAAGCUUUUAGCUAGUGCCGUUGAGGUCGCAUUAAAUCGAAUCUUAAUUAAGCUCCCUCAAAAUAUCCGAGCAAAACUUUCGUUAAACGAUAGUUCGUAUGACGAUUUCUUUCCCAUCCCAAUUAUCACAUCUCGAUUGGCACUGACUAAAAACUAAAACAAUUUUAGGAUGCCAUUUUCAAUUCUACAUUCACCCUUCGAGACUGGUUCAAAGAAAAACAUACAGUUGUUUGCAUUAGGUCCAAAAUAAACGAACUGCUUAGAGUAUAUACAAAAUACUUCACUGGUGAUAGGACCUCUUGUGAGUCCGCGCGGGUGGGUACCACCACUCUGCCUAUUUCUGCCGUGAAGCAGUAAUGCGUUUCGGUUUGAAGGGUGGGGCAGCCGUUGUAACUAUACUUGAGAUCUUAGAACUUAUAUCUCAAGGUGGGUGGCGCAUUUACGUUGUGAAUGUCUAUGGGCUCCAGUAACCGCUUAACACCAGGUGGGCUGUGAGCUCGUCCACCCAUCUAAGCAUUAAAAAAAAUAGCAGACUAAUUCUAAAACUAGCAUAAGUAUUCAUUACUGUUUCUAGCUUUUAUAUCUACUAAUUGAAAAAAUGCCAAAAACAAAACCUAUAUCUAGCGCGUUUUUAUUAACCUGAAUCGUAAUUUUCAAUAACUUCGACAAACAUUCGAUUAACUUGAAAAUUUAUGCGCGACAGUAAUUUCACUAGUACGCUAGAAUAUCCUGACCAAUACAAUCAGGAUAAAGGAUCAAUUGAAUUGGUCAUGUCCCUAAAGAUCAAAUAAGCAAAAUUAUAGUCUACCUAAUCACAGACAGGCGUAUUGUGAGCCUUCACGGGUCGGUAGCACUAUCCUGCCUAUUUCGGCUACGAAACAGUCUUGCAUUAGACUUGAAGGAUGAGUCAAUCGACAGCAAUUUUGAGUCUUCGGGCUCUUGUCUUAAGGUGACAUUCGCUUUGGAUGGCGCCUGCUAACCACGGCACUGCAACAAAUAUCAAUAACUAGCUGACCCGGCAGACUUCGUAGUGCCUCAAUCGAUAAAUAAAAGACCUAAACUUUUGUAUAAAAUAAACUUAAAACAAACAAAAGGAAUCCGCCCGACGGGGGACACAUCAAAGAAAAAAACAAAAUUGUUAUUCUUAUUUAAUUCCGAGAAUUUUCAUAUUUAUCUACCUUUUAAACCUUCUCUGGAUUUCCACAAAUAAUGCAAGACCAAAAUUAGUCAAAUCGGUUCAGCCGUUCUCGAGUUUUAGCGAGACUAACGGAACAGCAAUUCAUUUUUAUAUAUAGAGAUAAUCAUUCAAAUCAAAAGGACUAUUUAUACAGCUGUUUAUACAUUUGUAAGCUAAACCUUCUAUAACGCGGUAGAUACGUUCCUACAGAGUCCCGUGUUGUGCGAAACCGUGUUAUAUGAGACUAGAAGCCAAUACAAAAAGGAAUGUAUUUUUUCUAAAUGAAACAUCUCAACUAUGCCUGUAUGUAUGUAAAGAAAAACCUUCAUAUUCUAAAACUGUUUAGUUUUCUAAAAAGGAUUUUUCUUAUCAUUCAGUGAAGUUUGGCAUUCAGUAAAAAGAAGGUUCAGUUUGUUUAAAUAUAUUAAUUUUAUUAGAUUACCUAAGGGCCUUUAAAUGUUGUUUUAUAAUUAUAUUGGGGACUUUAAUAUAAAUAAACAAUAAAAUACUCAAUUGCGUUUUCUGUUAUAUGUAUAUAAUGAGAAAACAACAUUUAAAGAAAAUUUAUUUUUAGAAAACUAAAGAGUUUUAGACUAUGAAGGUUUUUCUUUACAUGUAUUUACAUACAUAAAAAUAAACGGUAAAAUUUCGGCUAUCUUAAUUUAAUUAUCGCGUAUUCGUGGUGCACAAUUCAAUUUUGUAAAUGAUUUUAAAUAAGUUUUUUCCUACCUAACCUGAUAGCCUUGAGAGUCUAUAUCAGCGUAACCUUAACUAUUAGGUGAGCCCACGGGGCUCGAACCUGACGACGUUGCUAAUACGAACCCUAGCAAGAGCCGUGCCUCGCAGAAUUUACCACCGGAUCGGAAACGCGACCCACUGAGAAGAUCCGGCGAGAAACUCAGUGAGCUGUGUCUGAGGACUGAGGGUUAAUUCACUCGUCGAGCCCUUCGUCGCAAGCGACGGGUUCGACGAGAACGACGACCGAUGCUUGUGGUACCUAAAAGCCCCGUUAGUGGAUCGGGAGGAUUUUAAACAAAAAUCUCGUAACGCGUUGUAGAAGUACCGCGUUAUAAGAGGGUUUUAGGGAACUUUUCGUGUUGGAGUGAAACCGUGUGUAAAAUAUCGUGUUAUAACAGAGUUACCUGUAGGUGACUUUUAGUUUUUCUAUAAUUAACUUACCAUCGAUGCGCUAUUCAGUUUAACAACUGAAAAGAAUAUGUGAGAACCAAUAGGCUUAUCGAAAUAAAUGUAGAUUCAAGGGAAACUGUUUGCUGUUUACAAAAUACUAUAAUAUUGGUUGGGCAGGUAUCUGACUGUGUUAUCACACACAAUUACAGCAAAACACUGCUCUUGCUAGGGCUAAUGUUAACUAAAUCACUCAGGUUGAGCCCGUUAGCUCAUCAACUCGUCCGUGCGUAGCUGGAAUAGCCUAUAAGGCAUAAAAACUCACACACAAUUCUAAAGUACGAGAUACUAUUGUAAUGUCGUGAAUAGUGAAAACACAUAGUUUGCGUUUUUAUAUUGCCUGUUUUGUGGUAUUCCGACGUUCCUGACUAUACGAAUUAAUAGAGUCGAUCUACCGACGGUUCGCGCUCAUAGGGCUAAAUAAAAGACAUUAUGGAAGCGAAUGUUUAAUAUUUUUUUUGUUUUUUUUUUCCUAAUAUCAUUUUUAUAUCAAUAGAUUAAAAGACGAGCUUACUUGUGUAGUUUAAAAAAAUACUUGUAACAUUUUUAAGUGUGUUUAUAUUUCGAAUUUCGUAUUUAUACGCAUUAAUAGAGUCGAUCUACCGACGGUUCGCGCCCAUAGGGCUAAAUAAAAGACAUUAUGAAAGCGAAUUUUUAAUUUAUUAUGUCGUUUGGUAAUAACAUUUUUAUAUUAAUAGAUCGAAAGACGAGCUUACUUGUGUAUCGCUGUGAUGAAUCAUUGCGACGAUAUGAUUCGCUAAAUCAUUAACUAGCAAGUUGAAGCUCGCGUGUUGAUAACCGUACUAAGUUUCAACUCAAUCUAACUAACGAUUGUCGGAGCUUAUAAAUCUCAAAUCUACAUAUUAUAAACUUCUUUAAAUAGAUUAAUUAAUUUAUAGCUCUUUCUCUCUCUAGGAGUAGGGAGAUGAAAGCAACUGAAUGCAUGGGUGCAACUUUGACAGCGUUUUUAUCUUCAAUUUACUCUUAAGUUACAUGUUCAUCACGUGGGCUGUUUAUAAAUAAUCGAUUUAGAAAAAAAACUAUAGUUCCGAUUUUAUAAGUCUAAGGUGUGAUCUAUAGUUUUUUUUGUCCUAUCAAAACUGGUACGAUCAAUCAAUCGGUCAUCGUAUGAAAUAUUCAUUGUCUAAAAUUAACGAAUCGAUAUACGACUCCAUGGUUUUAAUGUCGUGAGUUUUAAAUAAAUUACGCAUAUGACGCUCGGUACGCUAAGAUUAGCAUUGAGUAAACAUUGUGCGGGAAACUAUUAUAUUUUCUAUUUAGUAGCAGACGUAGGUGCGGAUUGAGAGGCGUUAAAUUUGAUAAAUAAUGAAACGAAUCUGAUAUACGUGUGCUUGUGUUUCUUUCUGUGUACUUAGUUCGAGUUUUUAACUUCUCGAUCGCGUAAAAGUUAACUCAAACAUGUAUGGUGUUGGAAUAGCUUCCCAUCGUUUGCCGCUAGGGGCGCUGUUCCAACUCCAUACAAAUUUGAGUUAACUCUUACGCGAUCGAGAAGUUACAACACUCGCACUAAGCACACUGGUCUGUUAAACUAUCAGAUCGAUUGGUAGAUCCGAAGAUACGGAUAUAACAGAUUCACCACGCAUUGCCCGGGUCAUGUUAUAUGCCAUAGUCAAGUUUCCUAUUUAUUAAUCCAGGUGAACUAAUAACUUCAGCGCGAAAAUUCACCUUAACAUAUUCAGCCAUUUUUGGAUGAUUGUCUAACAGUCUCGUUUUUUGUAUUAAUAUAUGUAUGAUGUUACAUACAAGCUUUCACAAUUAUAAUAAUGUUGUUAUACUGUACAUAGUACAGAUUCUUGGGUAGCUUGGAAGCUAUGAAGGGGGAACAAAGAAAUCGAAUCGUAGUAGUUAGGCUUUUUCGUGUCAAAAUUAUGAACUAGAAAAUAAAUUACUGUAGAUCACAGAGGGCAUUGCAUUAUACCAUUGAUAUAUUAUACAGGGUGUGUCAUUUAGGGUAAGGCGAAGCUUUUGUUUUUCUUGAGAAUGUCAGGAGAUACGAGCUCUUUGACAUAUCACAUACCUUUAUAAAAUCUUUAAUAUCUUUGUAAGGAGACGGAAAGCUUACUUUAUUAUUUUCUAACUAAAAUUUCAGUCAUUUUUGAAUUUAAAUUUUUUAUUUUAUAAACUGAUAGAAUUCAUGUUCAUAGUUCGUUUGAAGUAUUGAAACUCUUUAUCUUAAAAUUUUUGUUAGGCCACUUCAACGCUAAAGGUGCGAUAUCUUUGUUUAGCAUGAUAAUUUCGGUACACCAUAAUAACGAUUAAAACAAAUUAAUUAACUCUCGCAUUGAAAGCCAAAAGAUCAAAAGAAAACAACCAAAAAAUAAAUCGCUUCACCAUUACAAUAAAAAAAAAACUCUUAAUUGUGAGAUGCUUAAGACGAAAAGAAUAUUUGAGCUUUUGUAUAUAAGGUCGGAAUUAAUCCUCAGAAAAAUUGUAUUAAUAAAGAGGUACUUUUUACACUUUUGUACUGUUCGUCCACUUAAUGUUUAUAAGCAAUUAAUUUCUGUUUAGUUUUAAAUAUUUUGUACAUUAUUUAUGGUAUUACGAUUAAUAAACAAUGUAAAAAUAA